AUGGCAUUGAAAACGGCAUGGACAGAAAGCGAGGACGCGCUCCUGCGGCAGCUCGUGGAAGAAAAAGGGCCUAAGAAUUGGGGUCUAAUAGCUGCGCAAAUUAAGACGAAAAGCGGCAAGCAGUGUCGGCGCCGCUGGACAAACUUUUUAAAUGCAGAUUUGAAAACUGGAGGCUGGACUCCCCAGGAGGAUAAUAUCCUGAUGGAGGGCCACAAAAUGCAUGGCAACAAGUGGACCGAAAUUGCCAAAAUGGUGGGCGGCAGGACGGAUAAUGCGGUAAAAAACAGGUGA